AUGGUUAGCAUAAGACCCGCUACUCCCCACGAUUUACUACAAAUGCAACACUGUAAUUUAACUUGUCUUCCCGAAAAUUAUCAAAUGAAAUACUACUUAUAUCAUAUAUUGACUUGGCCUCAGUUGUCCUUUGUGGCCGAAAAUGAACAAAGAAAAAUAGUAGGUUACGUUCUUGCAAAGAUGGAUGAGGACAUGAAGGAUAUUCCUAACGGGCAUAUAACUUCGCUUGCCGUUCUACGAAACUAUAGAAGUCAAGGAAUUGCUUUUAAAUUAAUGGAGCAAGCCUCAAAAGCAAUGAUUGAUAAUUUUCAAGCGGAUUAUAUGUCUCUUCAUGUUCGUGAGAGUAAUCGUGCCGCUUUGCAUCUUUAUCGUGACACUCUUAACUUUGAAGUUGUUGAUGUUGAAUCCAAGUAUUAUGCCGAUGGAGAAAACGCAUAUGCCAUGAGAAGAUCUUUGAAGAAAAAACUUCCUUUAAAUUAAUUUCGAAU